UCGCGCGAGAGCUGUAGAGGACGGAAGCGCAGGCUGCAGGAUGCGGUUCACGGUUCUGUGGGUCCUACUGAGCGUCGUAGCGGCGGGAGCCGCGCCGCUCAUUUCUUUUUCAUCAGGCGACGGAAAAGUCAAUCGGGAGAAGGAAAAGACUGCAGAAAUAGUCUCCAGGGGUCAACCCACUGACGAAGAGCUGCGCAAGAUAAACGACAAUGCUAAGGUGACCAAGCAGAACCUGCCCCCGCAGGACAUUUCUGGCAAGUCAGAGGAAGAGAACCAUUCCCCGAAAGAUACUAAUGAAAAGCCUAAUCAGGAGUACCAGACCGCAAGAGGCAAUUCAGACAAGUCGAAUCAGGAACCCCAGCCCAAGAAAGAUACCUCUGACAAAUCGAUUCAGGAGCACCAGACCGUGGACGACAAUUCUGACAAGUCGAAUGAGGAGGACGUGAUCACAAAAGAUGCCUCUGACAAGUUGGGUCAGGAGCAGCAGCCCAAGAAAGAUACCUCUGACAAGUCAGGUCAGGAGCAGCAGACCGCGAUAGAUACUUCUGGCAGGUCAGAUCAGAAGGGGCCAGCCACGAAAGAUGUUUCUGACAAGUCGAAUAAGGAGCAGCAGCCCAAGAAAGAUACCUCUGACAAGUCAGGUCAGGAGCAUCAGACCAUGAAAGAUACUUCUGGCAAGUCGGAUCAGGAGGACCCAACCACAAAAGAUACCUCUGACAAGUUGGAUCAGGAGCAGCAGCCCAAGAAAGAUACCUCUGACAAGUCAGGUCAGGAGCACCAGACCGUGAUAGAUACUUCUGACAAGUCAGGUCAGGAGGACCCCACCACAAAAGAUGUUUCUGACAAGUCGGAUAAGGAGCAGCAGCCCAAGAAAGAUACCUCUGACAAGUCAGGUCAGGAGCAUCAGACCAUGAAAGAUACUUCUGGCAAGUCGGAUCAGGAGGACCCAACCACAAAAGAUGUUUCUGACAAGUCGAAUAAGGAGCAGCAGCCCAAGAAAGAUACCUCUGACAAGUCAGGUCAGGAGCACCAGACUGUGAUAGAUACUUCUGGCAAGUCAGAUCAGAAGGUCCCGACCACAAAAGAUGCUUCUGACAAGUUGGAUCCGGAGCACCAGGCCACAAAAGACACUUCUGACAAGUCGGAUCAGGAGCACCAGCCCAUGAAAGACAGUUCUGAGCCUAAAGAGGGUUCUCCACCCAAAGAAGAGAAAGAAAUGCUUAGCCCUUCCUCUAGAGAGAACCAUGAAGGGAUGCUUUUGGAUUCCACAAGUAGGAAGAAGGGUGACCUUUAUAAGGACAAUCUUGGAAGUGCCAGUGCAGAGAGCAGCCACUUCUUUGCAUAUUUGGUCACUGCAGCCAUUCUUGUUGCUGUCCUCUAUAUUGCCUAUCACAACAAGCGGAAGAUUAUUGCUUUUGUCCUGGAAGGAAAAAAAUCCAAACUUACUCGGCGGCCAAAGGCUAGUGACUACCAGCGUUUGGAUCAGAAGAUGUGAUUUUUCUGUUUUUGAGAACCUCGUCCUCCCUGCUGAUUUGUUUCUAAAUCAAGACAAAUGAAGAGAAAAGUACUGUGAAUUAAGGGACACCCUCUAGAGUUUGGUGGCAAGUCAGGGCUGGCAGAGGCGGGGGUUUGCGGGGGGAGGCAUUGCUUUGGUUUUUGCACCUGCACUUUGGUGACCUUGUACUCCUGUGCUCCCAUAUUUACGUUGGUGUCUUCUGCCCUUUCCCGCUCAGAGUGUGAGUAGAAGGAGCAAGCAUGUAGGAACCCAGCUUUGACCAAAAGGAGAUCCCAGCCCUAGGCAGACUAGUGCUGCUGACUGUCCUCCCUUGGGCCUUGGCUUUGCAGCAAAGUUACCCCUUGAAAAUAGGAUUGCUCUUGCCACUAUUUAUGUUUGCAGACCUAGGAGAAAACUCAGGAGGUUGAGGUACUUUUCCACCAGGGCCUCUAACUUUGAGGGGGAUGUGCCCUGCAAGAGAUAGAGAGUGUGAAUGCUGAUGGGCAAAGGGCUACAUUGAACACAACUUUCUUCAAAGGCUUUAGCAGCAAAACCAAAACAGCUUUUAAGAAGUACUUUACUGCCUGCUGCCUGAAAGUUCAACCUGUCUAGCAUAAGUUCUUCCCAUUUUUCUGAUAUUUUCAUAUUACUUAAGAUAAAGUGAAUCAACUUCCAUUUGGUUGUACUGAAUAUAACCUGAACUUGGGGAUUCUGGGAGUAAAGCUAAAGCUGUAAAGCCACUGUUGUCAUUGAAGAUUUUUACAAAUAUAGUUACAAUUAUUAAAACACUGUUCUUCCUUAAAUCAAAACAGGAACUUUUUGAAAUAGGGUAAGUUCAUGCUUUGUACAAGAGAACAUGUUGGUUAUUGGUUGCUGUCUCUGAUGGGUUUUGGUUUUGGUCUGUGUUUUUUUCCAAAGGCCUUUUAUGAAAUAGGUUCCCCACAAACUCUAUUUUGCCUUUCUUGCCUGAAAGAGACAAAAUAGACAUAUUUAGAAACUAACUGUACUCUUUUAUCUUAACAUAAUUAAUGGUCUUCAUCUGAUAUAGAAUGCUAAGGGUAAUUAGUAAAAAUUCUUCUAUCCCAUGAGAGGGGUUAUUAAAAUUGAAGAAAUUCACAGAGUUCCCCCCCGGGUCACUGAGGGUAGUAUCUUGAAUCAAGCUGUUUGAAGUCUUAUGUAAAUCUAUUCUAAUCAUGCUACCCUAUUUCAGAGGGCCUAAAAGAGUUGUUACUGCAAAGGAAAAACAAAUAUAACCACCAAUCUCAAGAAAUACAGAGUGUGGGAAGUGAGGGGAAUAUGUUGAAUUCUGUGCUGUUGAAGAAGUCUAAACAAGGGACCAUUAUGUUUGUCAUUAUCUUCCAUCUUCCUUAAAACAGUUCAUAGCUUUGAGUUGAGAUAGAUCUUCAUUCAAUGCAGGUACCUAUUUGUGGAGAUCAGGGAUGAAUGAGUGCUCUUCUUGGCAUCAUUCACUGUACUUCCGUACCAGUCUUAUAUUGUAAACCUUUCCUCCAAUCAGAGGAAUCUUCUGUCAGGCUCCUCUAGCAUUCCAUCUAAGACCAUGGUUAUUUUGUUCCCUUUUCUGUCUCCUCUGUCCUUGCCUUUCCUCCUCCUCUCUAAUGUUUUCUAUUUCUGUCUCUCUACACUAGCACUUUUCCUCCACAUUCAUGCAUGCACAAAUACAUCCCGCGCCUCCCGAAAGCAUCUAUCCUAUUUGUCAUUCAGUUUUCUAUUUAACUUCUUAAGUAUUGCUUCCAUUACUUUGCCAUUUAUUCUCUUCAUAACUUUUACAAACUCACUUUGGUCCCUGUCUAUUAGGUGUUUUUCUGUAGGCUCAGAUCCAAUGUCUUAUUCUCAAGACACAGUCUUGACCUUGAUAGAAUUGGACACUAUUGACCAUCCAAAUAGAAAUUCUCCUCUUGUGGUUCUCUGAUAGACUAUCUUGAUGCCAAGAACUCCUUGGCCUUAUCCUGUGCUGAUGGGAAAAGGGUCCUCAAAGGCAGUCCUUUCUUUACUUUGUUUCCUCAGAAAUUCAUUCAUUCUUCAUCCUCUGAGUGACUACCAAGUUUUUAUCCUUGGCCUAGUUCCCAAAGAAACCAGUCCUGUUGUGUGCUGAAUAUUUCAGCAUGGUUGUUUUGUUGUCACUAAAACUGAAUUCCUUCUAUCCACUAAACUGCCCCUCUCAACUGCCCAAUUUCUUUUGUCUUCUCAGCUACAAACUACAGACUUUUACCAUUUUUAUCUCGUUAAAAAAGUCUUACCCAUUUUUUUUAAAAAAAUGCUCUGGCUACAAUCUUUCUUUCCAUUUUCCCUGCUGCUUUGUCCCACACCCAUUUCACUGCUCUCCUGGAUUUUUUCCCCCCCCGGGAGCCAACUUAAUUGGUUUUCCUGCCCAUCUUCUCUUAUGAACAUGAAGAGACCAGAUUGAGCGUUCUGAAAUACUUGCCCUGACGUGAAGCUUCUUUUUGUGUACCUCAUGGCUUAGGGAAUCGAGUUUAUAGGCUCUUUAGUAUUCAGGACUCUGCAUAGGGGCACUUGCCUGCCUGUCUUUGUCUGCUUCCUAGCCAGGCCGAAGGCCCCUUGAGUUGGGUGCCUGUCUAGGCCUCCCUGCUUUUUGUUCUUACAUUCCCAGAUAUCCCAUGGUUAUUCUUUGGUUAGGUUGCUCUCCCUUCUCUUUUUUCCCUUACCUCCCCAAAAUUUGUUUCCUCAGGUUUUCCCAUGUACCUCCCUAACUUCCCCAACCUUGUGAUUGGCUUUUCUGAUUCUACUUUAAUAGCUCUUAAUAAUGUCAAUCACAAAUUUUGGAACUUUAGCAAAAUAGAAGUCUGUAUCUGAUGUCUCUGGUCUCCCCAAGAAAACCAAGCUACCUGAGGGAGUGCCUUUGGCACCAUCUGCAUGUCUGCCUAGCAUGGUGACAUUCCUCAGGUACUUCAGGAGUUCGGUUUCUUCUCCUAUCAAAGGAGACAUUUUCUUUGAUCAGGACAUCUGGAUACGACUUUAACUGAGGUCUCACACAGCUCUUUCUGGUUAUUGGUUACUGUCCCUGAUUGAUGGAUUUUGCUCGGAAAGAGGAGAGCAAAAAGAAAGGCUAUUUCAAGAACCAAGAGGGUUGGUAUUGCUGUGGAAUCCACAUAGUUCCACUUUUUGAGCCUGUGAGAAAUAUCAUGUCUUGCGGUGAAAGAGUACAGUAGAAUUUAAGUUUCACUUUAGAAAUUGCACUGAAGGAAAUCUCUCACACCAAAGGAAAACUUGUUUUCUAGGUAGUUACUUGUUUUUUGAAGACUUGAAGCAUGUUUUUCUAGAGAUUGUGUGUGGAUGAGGGUGAGCUGGCUGAGGUAUCUUUUAAGCUGGGGUGAGUUGGGGUGGGGUGGAGGCAGGCAAGGAAGUACAGGAACCCAAGAGAGGCACCCAUCUCUAGGCAGCUUUCGGCUUCCCUUCCUGCCCCCGGCUUUUGGUUGAAGGGUGAGUUCUGUUAGGAGGAAUCUAAUCUAUGCUUCAGUCAUGGUUGGUAAUAGAAGAAUUUGUUUCCCUGCUAGAUUAGUGAGUAGAAUUAUAUAAAGAGUCUGUUCCUGGACUCUGGGGGAGUGGAAGACCAGUCAUAUCACAAAAGGCUAAGACAAAUUGGAAAGACCUGACAAUUAGUUUUUUAUAUAUUUUCACAUUUCUUUUCCCAUGAUGGCUUUAAUGAAAUAUUUGGUGGUAGAAUUUUAAACCUCUAAAAUUACUCUGAUGGUGAUUCUCAUUUUGUUGUUCUCCAAUUCAUGUCAUUUAAAUCAAAAAAAAAAAAAAAAGGAAGUCUGCCUUUUGUUUUUACAGGGUAACUUGGUACAUAAUGCUGCAUGUGUGAUGAAAGGUAGCACGCUUUGCACAUGCUGAAUCUUUGCACAUGCUGAAUCAUUUGGACAAGGAGGUGUGCUAUAUUCCAGACCUGGUAGUUCUGCCAGCUGUUUUCUGAAAACUCUUGCUGGGAGGAUUGUGUUUGGCAUGGCAUUGCUUAAGUAAGGAUCCUGGGAAGAGAUUUUCAGGUUUAUUUUAACUGUAUAUCCACAGCCAAGACUGAAUCUCAAGUUAGAAACUCCUCUGUGAAAGCAUUGACUAUGAGCGGUGUAGUUUCAAGCUGCCAACAAAGCCAGCCUCCUUGCACUGAUAUAUAUAAAAUAUCUGAUAGAUAUUCCUUUAAUUCAGAAUUCUACCAUGUUAAAUGAUUGAUGGUUGACAUUGUUUCCCUUCUUUUUUUGUUUACCCAGUUAGUAGAUUGCCACUGUUAUGCAGUGUUUUAUAUUUUCAGCUUUUGUAACUUAACUAUAAUUUUUUUUAAGCUUAUUUGGUCUAAUGAUAAGUAUUUUUCAGUACCUAAUGUUUCUCUGAGCUUCUAUGAAUGCCACUUGAUGUAAUUUUGUAUCAUUGCACAGAAACUGAAAUAAAUUUCAAAUAUUAAAGCUAUAAAAUCAUUAAAUUUAUUGAUACUGGAUUAAAAUUGACUGAAAUGAGGCAUAACAUAAGUGAAAGGUCAUUUU